UUAUAUAUGGAGUGAAGGAACGCUGAAUUGAGAGAGGGGAGGUCGACAGGGAGGGGAAAUUCUCUGCUGCACCUUGAUUUAGAGAGAGAAAGAUGGGCGGUGGUGUUAGUUUCAGGUGGGUUCUGCAACUCCACAAGGAUGUACCGAAGGCAGCUCGGUUUUACUCCGAGGGUUUGGGACUGAGUAUCAAUGUCUGCACUCUUGCAUGGGCCGAGCUCCAAUCUGGUCCUCUCAAGCUUGCCCUAAUGCAAUCAAGUGACAUUGUUAUUCAGAAGGGGUAUUCCUCCCUCCUAUCAUUCACGGUGUCUGACAUAAAUAGCACAGUGACAAAGCUGUUGUCAUUAGGAGCUGAGCUGGAUGGUGCCAUAAAAUAUGAAGUCCAUGGCAAGGUUGCUGCUCUGCAUUGUGUUGAUGGGCAUCUGUUGGGCCUCUAUGAACCAGCCUGAUGAACCAGCAUGACUUUGGACCUUCAGGGAUAUCACCCACUGUCAUGUCCUUCAGAUUGCUCCUUUCUUCAAGAAAAGGAAUGAGAAACCUUUUUGUCUUUGGGAUUCUCUUGAAAUAUAGACGUUGUCGGCUUUUCCUGAGCAAUCAGCACAGUGCAUAUGGUAUAGAGCGUUGCCCCGUAAAAUCGUGAGAUAUGCACUCAAUGACUGAGAUAACAGAAUGAGGCAUGCAGGGCAGUUUAGUGUAGAUUGUUAUGCAAAGUGGGGGGUCAAUCCCAUACAGAAACGUUUCUGAAUAAUACCUCUCAUGCAUAUUGGUACUCAUUAUCAAAUGAGUCCCCAAGGAUUGAUAAGUUAUGUCCUUUUGAUUGCUUUGGAAAUUUGCCUGCUCUUUUUUGCCAGUGAAGGGAGUUCUCGUCAUGUACCUUCAUGCAAAAUAGGGGAAAUGAAGAUAACACUUUUGAA